UGGAAUUGAUUCAGCAUCAGCUCCACAAGGCAAGCAAGAUGGCCAGAAUUCACAGCCUCGUGAUGCUUCUGUGCGGACUUCUCGGAGAUAGGGUAACAUCUAUGUCGAUGAUGUAUGGGACUAACACCUAUAACACAGCCUAUGGUACCGACAGAAAAUCAGAUUACGACAGCUAUGGACCAGCCUAUGGUACCGACAGUAAAUCAGAUUACGACAGCUAUGGACCAGGUUACGACAGCUAUGGACCAGCCUAUGGUACUGACAGUAAAUCAGAUUACGACAGCUAUGGACCAGCCUAUGGUACCGACAGUAAAUCAGAUUACGACAGCUAUGGACAAGACUAUGGUACCGACAGUAAAUCAGAUUACGACUGCUAUGGACAAGGUAAGAAUUCCAUGGAUGUGAUGUGCAGUCUGGGCCUGUUCACUGCCCUCUGUCAAUUGAAUCUCUGGCGGAUCUCACUCCUGCCAGUCCAGUGGUCCUAAAACCCUAGACAAAUUCAAAUUGAAAGCUCUUCAAUAAAUGCUCCUGCUUGGAGUAAGUUGCACAGAUUUCAUAGUCGUGGGGAUGAGAAUGGAAGUGAGCAGGGGUGAGGUUAAUGAUCACACAUUUAACUACACAUGUGAUAUGAAGACUGUUCCACAGUGGAGUAGAGUUGAAGAAUUUCUGCAACAUUUGUACUGUUACAGCUAACACCAAAUACCAAAGCUUGAAUGGAGAAGGCAUCCAAGAAUCCUGUGGUACUGACCAACUGUCUGAACCUUCAGCUAAACAUGUAUUCUCUCUGUGAGAUGUUAGAGGAGGAAGGACAUUGUAACAGGGCUACUUCACCUUACACCUGAGAUACACCGAGAGAAGAAAUGAAUGAUACAACCAAACACAAAUAGUGUGAUCAAUGUCAUCAAAUGACUGACUUAUUAUCAGCCUGGUCUCUGAAAACCCAUUUCUUUCUGGUAACGCCUGUGUUUUCCAU